AUGCCAGGACUUGAUGCACCUCCUUCGCACCUGGUGCACCCGGGCCGCACUUACGCGGCGGAUGCGAAGCUUUGCGUGAGGUUGCGCUGCAUGAGCCCACUGUUCGCGCCAAUGGAACCGGGGGCCUUCGGCUUCCGCUCGCGCCGGGCACCUGUCUAUGGCGCGCGCGGCAUGGUGGCGACCAGCCAGCCCUUGGCCAGUGAGGCUGGGCUGAGGAUACUUCAGGAGGGUGGCACGGCAGCAGAUGCUUGUGUAGCAGCCGCGGCAGCGCUGAAUGUCACGGAGCCCUGCAACACUGGUCUCGGAGGGGAUGCUUUUGCCCUAUUCUACGAAGCCAAGACGAAGAAGGAAUCUGUAGGGCGGACAGUGGACAGCCUGAGAGGCUCCGAGCUGAAUCCUUUGAGCGCUCUGUGUGUGACGGUCCCUGGCAGCGCUGCAGCAUGGGAAGCGGCCAUUCAGCGCUGGGGAGUCAAGACGCUGAGGGAGGUGUUAACGCCCGCCAUCGAGUUGGCAGAGGAAGGCUUUCCCGUGUCCGAGGGAGCUGCCCAGAUUUGGAAGCACAGUGAGGAUUUGCUUCGGCGAGCUGCAAAGGGAGGUUCAACUCCUUAUCUCCCCGAUGGUCGGACUCCGCGAGCGGGGAAAGUCUUCAGGAACCCAGACUUGGCUCGAACCAUGCGGUUGCUGGGCGAGAAGGGUGCGAAGGAAGGCUUCUACACAGGAAGGGUGGCAGAAGAGAUCGUUAAGGCAUUGGCCUCAAGAGGCGGCGUUAUGACUGUGGAGGAUUUGGCUGCACAUUGCAGCAGCUUUGUCGAACCAAUCAGUACCUGCUUCCGUGGGAAGUAUCGGCUCUAUGAGUGCCCUCCGCCCACGCAGGGCGUCACGGCACUUAUGGCUUUGAACUUGUUGGAACAGGUUCCAGUUCUGCCGCGCUUGAGCACUGCAGCCAUACAUGCGCAAUCAGAGGCCCUACGCUUUGCCUUUGCGGACGCCUUGCAGUUCUGUGCUGACCCGGCGGCCGGCGCAGGAGUUGCGGGGCUUCUUGACAAGGACCGAGCUGCAGCCCGCUGGAAGCAGCUGUGA